GCCGCAUGUGUUCCGCGUGAAGAGGAAGAGGAAGAGGGAGCGGUAGGUACAAACACUGACCGGGGGACAUGUUUGGGUUGUUCAGGAAAAGUAAGCCGGUGAAAAUACGGAGUUGUAGUGAAAACACAAAGUAUGGAGUUGCAGCCAAAGAUCUGAAGGAGCUAAUGAAAAAGGCCUGCAAGACAUUACAGGUGCCACUGGUUGGUGCUCACGUUUGUUUGUAUUCUGAUGGGACCAAAGUGACGGAGGAGUUUUUCCUGACUCUCCCUGACCACACUGAACUUGUUCUUCUUUCCAAAGGGCAGACGUGGAGCGGGGUUGUGUGUGACAUUGGCAAUUUACUGAACACAGACCGACACGCAGAUGGACUCAUCGAAGCAGCAAAGGUCCUCCUGUCUGACGAGCAGUCUCCCAAGAGACGUAAAAUCCUGACCGACCUGCUGCAGAACCUGGAGGACAGAUCUGAGCUGGAGAGCAGAGAGGAGGAUGAAGAGUGGUUCAAAGGUGUCGACACUCGAUUCAAGACAAAGUCUGCCUACAUGAAAUUUAACUGUGAAAGCAGGAUACGAGGUUACAUGAAGGAGGUGGAUGAUGCCACCAAAACCAUUCAGAAGGCCAAAGACAGGGCGGAGUUCUUGAAAGCAUCAACAUGUCUGGCAGAAAAGCUGAAAGAAGCGAAAUACAACGGCUGUUACUUUGACAGGACUGGAAAGGAGCCAGAUCGCCUCUGCACUCAGGAGGGGUGGUUUACCUGCCAGGGCUCAUUUGACCAGGACGUGUGUCAGUCUCUCCACUCCAUCAAUCCCUACGGCAGCCGAGAGAGCAGGAUCAUAUUCAGCACGUGGAAUCUGGACCACAGGAUAGAGAAGAAGAGGACGAUCAUUCCCUCUCUGCUGGAAGCUCUCCAAAAUCACAAGACCGCCGACGUCAACCUGACCUACUUCUACCACCUGCUGUUCACCAGGGAAAACCUGAAGCUGGUUCACAUCGUGUGCCACAAGAAAGGAGCUCACAACCUGCUGUGUGACGCCAAGAAGAUUUAUAGAGCCGCCAGGAACACAGACAAGAGAAAUCUGAGAGCCAAAGGCAAGAAGAGGCCGUUAACUUAAAAUACACUGAAAAAGUUCUUUAUAAUUUAUGUUGAUGAGCUGUGAUGAGUGCUGUGAAUAAUUCUCUCAGGUCCAUGUAGCAGGAUCACAUCAACAACAAGGUGACUUUACCUUUUUUACCUCACUAUCAUGAUCAUCUUCUUUCUGAACCAGUGCACCCUGCAGAGCUUUAACACAGACUAACAGAGGUUAGUUAGACGUGAGCAAUAAUUACACUUCAUUUGAAAUCAUGAAAAACAUUUAUUUGAUCUUUGUGUUGGCACAAUGCAUGAACUGAUUACAAUGACAGCUCACUGUACAGUAGAGUGCUGAUAUUCUGUCUGGACCCUGUUUUGUCUGAACCUGACCCGAGCCCGAUGUUAAAAAAAUCAAGACAGCCCGACGUGAACCAACCAAAAACCCAAACAUCAUUUCAAAGGUUUUGUCAGAACCCAUUGGGGUAUCCACACUCUACUGUACAAGGCAUUCGCUAAGUCAAAAAGGUUGCAUAGAAGAAUAUGAAAAGCAUUUUGCAUAAAUAGGGCUGUAAAAAUAUAUAUACAUUUUCUUGGGCAGUCAGAACAAUCAGCUAUAUACAAAAUUUAUAACAGACAACUCUUGCAUUUACUAUAAACCUCUAAUUUAAAGGACUACAUGGCAGUUUCAAGGUGCAGUUUCAGUAAUGAUACAAAACUGACAACUUUUGUAUCAGAAACCUCAAACAUUUAAAAUCAUAUUUUUUUAAACAUUUAAUAUGUAAUUGUUAUUUUUGCAAAUAUGAACCAAACAGAAACGAUGUCAGUUUAAAUUAGCUGCAUUGAUAUGCAUUUAUACAGACGGGUGCAUUGUGUUAAUAAGCUGCCACAAAUAACUGAGCACAUGAUGAAUUAAGGAGGAUCAUGAGACACUUGGUGAAUAAUGAGCUUUCUGCAGAAAAGUACUGACUUCAACGUCAAAAGUGAAUUUAUGAUAUUAAAUGAUAUAAUUUUGAAACUGUA